AUGUGCUCACGCCGUGUGUGCUGAUUGAGGACCAUCGCAGAGCGGACAGCAAAUAUUCCUGUAGUCUCCGUCGAUUUAACGCCUUACGCCGGUGAACAUGAGGCCAGGUUUUAGUCCUCGUGGCGACAGAGGAGGGAGAGGUGGAGGACGAGGAAGAGGAGGAUUUGGUGACCGGGGUGGAUUUGGAGGACGAGGAGGAUUCCGAGGAGGAAGAGGUGGAUUCAGAUCCCCAGACGGUGGCGGAUUUCGUGGUAGAGGAGGUGGUGGCAGAGGCACCCCGAGAGGAAGAGGAGGCCGAGGUGGCGGCAGAGGAGGCUUUGGAGGAGGGAAGAAGGUCUUAAUUGAGCCACACAGACAUGAAGGAGUGUUCAUCUGCAGAGGUAAAGAAGAUGCCCUGGUCACUAAGAACAUGGUGGUGGGAGAGUCUGUGUACGGAGAGAAAAGGAUCAGUGUGGAGGAAGGAGAGACGAAGAUUGAGUACAGAGCCUGGAAUCCAUUCCGCUCCAAGCUGGCAGCAGCCAUCUUAGGAGGAGUCGACCAAAUCCACAUCAAGCCAGGCACUAAGGUCAUGUACCUGGGAGCUGCCUCUGGUACCACAGUAUCCCACGUUUCUGACAUUGUUGGACCAGAAGGGCUAGUCUACGCUGUGGAGUUUUCCCAUCGAUCAGGUCGUGACCUUCUCAACGUGGCAAAGAAGCGCACCAACAUUAUUCCAAUCAUUGAAGAUGCUCGGCACCCGCACAAAUACCGAAUGCUGGUUGGCAUGGUGGAUGUGAUUUUUGCUGACGUUGCCCAGCCUGACCAGACAAGGAUUGUUGCUUUAAACGCUCAUAACUUCCUGAAGAAUGGCGGACACUUUGUUAUUUCUAUAAAGGCUAACUGUAUAGACUCGACAGCAGCUCCAGAGGCAGUGUUUGCCUCAGAAGUAAAGAAGAUGAGUGUUGAAAACAUGAAACCACAAGAACAACUCACACUGGAGCCUUAUGAAAGAGACCAUGCUGUGGUGGUGGGCAUCUACAGACCUCCACCUAAACAGAAGAAGUAAGGUGUGGAAGAGAGCUCAGGCAAACAAUUACCAUUUUCAACCACCAUCUACCUUUGGCACUGUCUGUGUUGUGUGUUGCUCUCCUUUCACCUCCUCCUGCCUGUUAUAUUUCCUCCACAGUGGAAAUGGAUGACUACCAAUUAGGCUAAAAUUUAGCUGAGGUUCCAUUCUUUGAGUCAUUUUAAUAGUUGACUGCAUCAAUCAUCCAACUUCUGGACGGUCCUUCUAUUAGUGGGUCUGUUUCUGCUAUAGAUUGCCAUCCGAGUUGGUGGCCCCACUGGAGCAAAUCAUGUUAGUAGUUUGUAAUAUGCAAAGACAUUUCUUUACAAACCACCUGUAUUUCAUGUUUGUUAUGCAGAUAUGUGAUACAUAUAUACAGAUGAUCAGACUACAAAGAAAGUGGUCAGAUGUUAACUGUACAAGUGAUCAUGAAAUGUUUGAAUUUCACUUCAUAUGCCCAAAUGUUAUAAAGCAUUUGUCUGAAACUUUUCUCCAUAAGGUUCUCCCAGUUAUGCAGGUUUGAAUAACUGCUACAUUGUUUGAGUUUGGCUCCAGUGAGGUUUCUUGUGUUGUCAGUAUUUUAUUUUGUUUUAUUGCUUCUCUGUGCUCCUGAUAAUUUUCUUCCUUUUAUUACUCUAAUGAAGUUGUUCUGGUCCCGGUGUUGCCUUUAUCUGGGUACUUGUGAUACACAUAGUACAACCCCUAUUGGUAGGGAUAUCCUUAAUCCUGCGACAAAUAGACCUGUUGGUAUUGUUCAUGUAUGUUAACUGGCAGAACUUACAUACAGUAAAAUAUUCAUUUUUUAUUAUGUUUGAUACUAGUAUAACUUUGUCAGAUGAGUGUAUGACAAGAAUGAUUGUAGACAGUUGACUACAAUUUAUGCUUGAACCAGUUCAAAUGUAUUUUUUGACAUAACUGGGAACUUUGCUUUAAUAAAAGUAUUGUUUUUGAUUGGUUAUAA